AUGACUGCCCAGUGUCCAAAGGAACCCCCGCACACCGCCACGGCUAACGGGAAACAACAUGCAGCGGCGAUCCAGGUUCCCUGGUUGUCCGAAACAAUCUUGACGUUCGACAGACAUUUUAGGUGCCUUCUCUCGUCAAAGACAAGAUAUGUCACCAUCUCCCAUGUCUGGCACCCAGACGUGUCCAAGCUACAGUUUGAGUACACGCAAGCACUCGUACUCGACAAUUUCUCUGAGGACGAGAUUGCUUCUGUGGCCCGUCUGGUGCGUGAAGUCCCUACGCGCAUCUACCUAGGCAUCGUCGACUCCUUGAAGCCUGAAGAAAGGCAGGAAGGUCUCCUGGAAGUAUGGCAUGACUACAUAAGCGUGCCGCAAUGGUGUCACGGACGCAAAGGCCACAUCAUUCACGCCAUCCCUGAGCUGUACAGCCACGCCUACUUUGUGGUCCCCUUUUUCUCCGACCUGGCGCCGUCUUCGGUCCAGGCGAUGCGCAGCGGCUCCACCAGCGAAGAACGUGUCCGGGGGGUCGUUGAAGUGUGCAACUCGAGAUGGUUUCGCCGUAUCUGGACAGCCAUGGAGUGCGUGCAGAGCAGUCAGCUACGGCCGAUGCUGCAGGACUACAAGCUGCUGGAUGAGUUCCGAACGGGUCUGCCAUUCUAUGACGAGCCGGCCUUGCACUAUGAGGAUGAGGUGCAUCGGACGAUCAGGGACCACGUUGUAAGGCUGGCUGGGGUCGGAAGAAACGUCCUGCCGCACAUGUUGGGACCACUCGCGCCAGUGCGCAUUAGGCGUCUUCGCGGGCUUCCUGUACCAUUUGCACACUGCUUCAUCCUCAUCUCAAGAAGGCAGGCCACAGUGCCGGUCGACUUUAUCCACGCUCUCCUUGGUCUUACCGGGCCAGUGGUGCCAUUCUCCGAGUUACCGCACCAGGACAUUCGCAAGUCCGUGUCAAUAAUAGCGAAAGCGCGCCUGCGGGCUGGAGACUUCAGCCCCUUGUUCAUAAUGCCACGCAAAAGGGACGCUGCUGGAAUAAAGGCCACUGGAUUUGACGAGCAUGGAAUGUUCGGCUUGGGAAUGGAAGAAUCACCUCCUCAGUUCCCUGGCAUCGUCCUGUCCGGUCCCGGGGAGUCAAUGGCGAAGCUCAAAGUGGAGAAUCUCGGAACAGUCACGAUGGCUAAAAGACUCUGGAAGAACACAGAUUUCGGGACGUUUCACGAGCUUGCGAGGCGAGUCCUCGACGUCACCGGUCCUGAUCCGGAUGUGUUCGCAGAAACCAUCUGCUGUCGGUUCUUCGGGGACCAUAUAAAACAAGUGCGGGAGAACCUUGACAAGGAGAACCGGAGAUCACAGCUACAGGUGCACCUUCAAGUUCUCUACGAUGAGUACCCAGGCGUGAAAAGGCGUAGUGCUACAGACUACGUUGCUCAGCUGCUGAUGCUGAACGAAGCACAUAAAGGAAACAUCUCGCCGAACGCGAUGGAUUUCAUGAACGUCCAUGGCAAAGUUAUUCAUAGCAGCGAUGAGAGGACAAUGGUUUGUGUCGACUGCUCCAUCUGCCGCGGUCGAUUUCUGAUACAAGUCGGCUUGAUUCAUCGCAAUCCUAAGCUCCCUUCUGAAAUUCUAGGCGCUGUGGCAUACCGAGUGCCUGGCCUCAAGUACGCUCUCACGCACCACGGAGGAGCGGGAUGGCUGGUUAAGGACGGCCGCAUUGUUGCCCGCUUCCUCUGGGCCGCAUCUACGUGUAACUGCCACAAUAUCCAGGACGUGGAACUGGCAUUCCCUGAUGAUUGGAUUCCCGAGCCUUGGCAGAAUUUGUUUGAGUAUGGGGUAGACAGAGACCCGGAUCAUUCUUAG